UACUCACAAAUCCCAUGCACCCCUCCUAAACCCGAUCAUGUGUUUUCGCUUUACACUUCCUGUACAUCGAUUCGCGCAUCGACGUUCCUCGACUAAUCGCUGAUGGACUACGGGCACAUCCAGGGUAGACCCUUAGCUCCACGUCCUCUCGGCCCGCCCCCACUACUCGAACCUCCACCAGACGAGAAUAAGAAGAGGAAGCGCGCAGCCAUUGCUUGCAAGCCAUGUCGUGAACGAAAAUCGGCGUGCAAUAGCGUCCGCCCUGUGUGUGCUGCCUGCGAAGCCCGCCAGACAGAAUGCUACUACCUCACCAAGGACGAAUCCGAGACGAGGCUGCAAGCCCUCAGACGCGAAAACAAGACGCUCAACGAGCUGAUCGACCAUCUUCGUACCAUGCCGGAUGACGAGGCCCAUGCUGUCCUGCAGUUGCUGAGGAACUCGGCGAACCCGCAGUCUAUCUUGAAGAACAUCCGAGACGGGAACCUCUCGAUGGUGCAGCCCUCGCAAAGGGAGACUGCGCUCGCCGCUUUGCCUCUCGUUCACUCGGAAACGGAGUUUAAGCUCAUGGUCGACCAUUCAAUGGCUUAUCCUGCCCUAGAUCUGACGCGAAGCGCGAUUCUAGCAAAAACCACUCUCCUAGAAUCCACGAGGAUGUUGGCACACGACCUCCCUCCCGAGCAAGCGGCGUCCGGCAUCUUUGCUGCGUCCUCUGCAGGCCCAUCCGAAUUGGGUGAUAAUCCGGAAGACCUUCUCCGUGCUCAGGCUGAGCCGAAUAUCGAGACCGAUGGAGAAUUUCCGCAAAGCAUAGACCCGCUCUUAGACGAUUUGAGGAUAAAAUACUGGACCACAGUCGAGGUGACUGAUGACUUCGCCGCGAGCGCAAUCUCCAUGUACUUGGAGAACGAUCAUCCUACGUUAGGCUUGUUCGAUGCUCGGCUGUUUGUGAAAGAUCUGAUCGAGCGUAAGCACGAAUGCUGUUCUUCAUUUCUUGUCACCUCUCUGCUAGCAUUUGCGUCUCAAGCGUACUCAUCGAAGGAACCCGAUGCGGCCUCCAAAAGCUUCGAAUUUGAGAAAGAGGCAGAAAUGCUUUGGCGUGCAGAAAAGCAGGACUCCAUACUGACGAUUGCCGGUCUUUCGCUCCUGUUCUUGUCUCAUGGCGGUCAUGGCUCGGGUAGAGAAUUUGAAAUACUGCACGAAGCUUCCAAUAUGGCUAAGCGCCUGAAUCUGUUUGGCGUGAAGAACGUACUCGAUGAUGCGCAAAUCUCGUUGCUAUCUCCUGUGGCUCAGCGGGCACUGGCGCAUACUACCUGGGGGGUGUUCAAUCUACACAUCUUACAAGCGCAGUUCUACCUCACUCUGUCAACGCAAUACGAGCCAAGGGUUUCGAUACCGAAGCCACCUGACGACAAUGACUUGGAGGACUUCGCGAGCCUCAAGAUCCUUCGCAGCCACGAUGCAGGGCUUGUGUUUUACCAGUUGUGUAAGUUGUCGGUUCACGCUUCCGGGAUAUUUUUGGUUGUGCGAGAUACAACUGGCUCCAAAACACCGCCGCCACUAGCCUUUGCCAUGCAGCAGUACAAUCGACUGCUUGAAUUUGUAGAUAGCUUGCCAAAUGGCAUGCGGAGAAGUGCAGGCGCGGACUACGCUCCAGUGCUUGACUUCCACAUAGUCCUCCACACCCUCAUCACGGACCUUUUCCGGCCCUUCAUCACUCGCGAGAGAGAUGACGGCUUCCGCGAAUUCUACCAGAAGCAAAGCUCGCCUGAAGCCAUCUUCGCUUCGUCUGUGCACCAACUCAAGGGCAUAAUUGUCGAAUACACUUCCCAACACCCCUCCGCUGCCCACCAUCUUUACUGGCAGACGGCUCUCCUAUACGUCUUCAACACCAUUGUGAAAGACCAGUCAGACCCACAGUGGCGCUUCUAUUUCUGGCUAUGCAUGCACUGCUACUCCAAGCUCUUCAUCUGUUACGCCGCCGUCGAAGAUUAUGUGCAGUCGCUCCUCGCCAUCGCCGUCCGCUACGGCGCCAUCUCCCGCAAAGACGCAACGCGGGUGAUGCAAGAAGGGUUCUACAAAGACGGCAAGGCGAAGCGGGUGCGGUCGCGGCGGGAAGGACAGCUGCAGGCGCAGCGAAGCACGUACAAGCUCGACUUGGAUCUUGCGGUGCGGGACCGGGAUGCGGCAGACGUCAGCGCGCUGAUUGCGCGGUUCGAGGACAUGGAUAUGUUUGAGGAGUUCACUCGCAUCGAUGAGUCGGAGGAGAGCGAGGGCGCGAAUGAUUUUCAAAAAUGAAGCGUGGGCAGCCACGCCCAGUUGCUACGUGAGGCAGGGCAAGGCGAACUGAUGUCAUACGCCUUAGUCAGCGGAUCGAAUCAGAGGAAUCUCGAUCUGCGUGCCCAUCGCAGUCUGCAUCCCGCGCCCACAGCUCUAUGCGGUAUCAUUGUCGGUACAGAUCGCGAUCGAGACGAUCGUAGAAACUGGCACAUUUGGCUGGAUAUUUUGCAUUUUUGGAUAUAUACGUUAGGCAGGCGGCAUGCGCGGCGCCGGCCCGUAACUACACCAUCUCAACGCCCUCUCGUCGCGCAUCGACGGUGGUUCUGGGCCGAUCCAUCAGCUAUCUAUGUAUGAAUUUGGUGAGCCAGCGGGACGAAGUUCUGCGAGCUAGGAUUUGUCUCUAGAAUUGUCCUGCGA